UUUUACACACUUCCUACACACCCCCAGUUGCCUGGAUGAAGCUUCAGCCAUGGAGGAACAACGAUUGGGUCUUGAGACCACGCUCGUAUCUGUCUCAUUCUAAGCUCCUACAGCCAGCUGACGGCUCACGCAAACUCUCCGUCUCCUCGACCCGUCCGUACCGCACCCUCGAAGCGCUACCCGAUGUUGACGUCGAUACAUUCCGACAACGCUAUUUUGCCCCCGAGCACCCCGUCGUGCUACCACGCUCUCAAUUUCGUAACCUACCCGCCGUGAAGAAUUGGUUCGAAAGCACCAGUUCACGAUCGACCGUGACGAAUCGUCCGAAAACCCGAUUGAACCUGGAAUACCUACAAAAGCAUGCGGCCGACGCGUUUGUCCCGCUAGAGCUCACAGAGCUAGCAGUAUCGAGUCCACCGGCCAAGGACAAUGGUAAACUGUCACAUCAGGAUGGUGCGACCGAUGUUGUAAGCUUCCGACAGUUCCACGGGCCGCUCACGCUGUUCCUGGAAUGGAUGCGCACGGCCGAGACCUCUCCGCAGUCAACGCGACUCUAUCUGGCGCAAUGCCAGCUCCUCGACCUACCCCAAGUUCUUCGCGAUGACUUUCCGACCCCAGAUAUUGUUGCAAAGGCCGGGAAGGGUGAUGUCUACGAUACUAAUGUGUGGAUUGGACAUCCUCCUACGUACACUCCGCUCCAUCGCGACCCCAAUCCGAAUCUCUUCGUCCAGCUGGCUGGGCAGAAGGUUGUGCGAUUAUUAGCACCGUCGGACGGGCAGGCGCUCUUCUCUUCAAUACGGCGACAGCUGGGUAAGAGCGGAGGUAAGGAUGCGGCUGCUAUGCGUGGGGAGGAGAUGAUGCAGGGUCAAGAACGGGCUCUGUUAGAUGAGAGGGUGUGGGGUGGCUCGGCUUCUGCAGGCCCGGAAGGAUCUGGGUACGAGGCACAUUUGGAGGCAGGGGAUGGGCUGUUCAUUCCGAAAGGAUGGUGGCAUAGCAUUAAAGGUGUUGGAGAGGGAGUGACUGCUUCGGUCAAUUGGUGGUUCCGAUAGGAACAAGAGUAAUACCAUAAACUAAACUUUGUAUAAUAUACUACAUUAAGAUAAAAACCUGAAGUCAU